UGGAGAAAAGGAGAGAACUUAAUCUUCCAGCCUUUCAGGUUGUCUCCAUCUUCUCUAAAGUAGUUCUGAAAAAUACACCCAUAGUUCAGAACCAGAGAAGAUAAGGACAUUAUUUAGUUUUCUUAUUUAACCCAGUCUAAAGUGUUGCUGGCGCCCCUAUCGUCUCGUGGAAGCACGUGCAGCUCCACACCAGACAGACACUGUAGCAUGAUGAUCACAGAUCCUCUCUCUUUCUCUCUCUCUCUGCUGCCGGAGACACAGAACUGACAUUUUACAACAAUCAUUUCCUACAGGGACCGUCUCCACCCCCUUUACUCGGCUUUAGCACGGAUUCACGCACGGUACGGCUCUACUCGCUUGCCAGCCCCGGCCCUCCUCCAGGUCCGCUUGAGCCGGCGUUUGAUUGGAUUAGAGUCGGCUAGCCUUUGCCCUCUCACCCUGCUGAUGUUGGCUGCUUGCUUCCUGCUCCCUCCGCUCCCCCUGACCGACUGACGAAGCUUGCCGAAGCCGCACGGCGAAGCGCCCUGCACGGACUCAGACGACCGGGACGAGCCGCUACAGCCCGACCAGAGCAGAGAAGAGCCACGAAACACACACAGGCGGGCGGACGGAAAAAACGAGGCAGUCAUGCGGAGGAAAUCGAGGAUAUUGUUAUGUUUUGCGGUGCUGUGGGUGCUGGGGAUAGCCUACUACUUCUACUCGGGGACAGCGCUGAGUCGAAAGGAUGAAUGGGGCUCCAGUGACUCGUCCAGUAGGAGCAAAACUCACAUGUCUGACGACAAGACUCACAGCCUGGAGACUCUGGCGCCAGGUAAGGUGCGCUGGCAGGAUUUUGACCAGGAUCUGUACGUUGGAGCCACGGUGGUUCGACCGGGUCAGGAUCCGUACGCCAGGAACAAGUUCAACCAGGUGGAGAGCGACAAACUCCGUAUGGACAGAGCCGUGCCAGAUACGAGACAUGACCAUUGCAGACACAAACAGUGGAAGUCUGACCUUCCCGCCUCCAGCGUAGUCAUCACCUUCCACAAUGAAGCUCGCUCUGCUCUGCUGCGGACUGUGGUCAGUGUCCUGAAGAAGAGUCCUGUUCACUUGGUCAAAGAGAUCAUUCUGGUUGACGACUACAGUGAUAACUCGGAGGAUGGGUCGCUGCUGGGAAAGAUCGAAAAAGUGCGCGUGUUGAGAAACGACCGCAGAGAAGGACUGAUGCGCUCGAGGGUUCGUGGUGCAGACGCCGCCACGGCACCCGUCCUCACCUUCUUGGACUCUCACUGUGAAUGUAAUGACCACUGGCUGGAGCCGCUACUGGAGAGAGUGGCUGAGGACAAGAGCAGAGUAGUUUCUCCCAUCAUUGAUGUCAUCAACAUGGACAACUUCCAGUACGUGGGAGCUUCGGCCGAUCUGAAAGGAGGUUUUGACUGGAAUUUGGUGUUUAAAUGGGACUAUAUGACUCUGGAGCAGCGACGAGCCAGACAAGGCAACCCCAUCGCCCCCAUAAAGACUCCAAUGAUAGCAGGAGGUCUAUUUGUCAUGGAUAAGGACUACUUUGAGCUGCUGGGAAAGUAUGACAUGAUGAUGGAUGUAUGGGGAGGAGAAAACCUUGAGAUCUCAUUUCGGGUGUGGCAGUGUGGUGGCAGUCUGGAGAUCAUCCCCUGUAGCAGAGUUGGCCAUGUCUUCAGAAAACAACAUCCAUACACCUUCCCUGGGGGCAGCGGGACUGUGUUUGCAAGGAACACCAGGAGAGCCGCAGAGGUGUGGAUGGAUGAGUAUAAAAACUUCUACUAUGCUGCUGUCCCCUCAGCGAGAAAUGUCCCCUACGGAAAUAUCCAGAGUCGUAUGGAGAUGAAGAAGAGAUUAGGAUGCAAACCAUUCAAAUGGUACCUGGAGAACGUCUACCCUGAACUGCGAAUCCAGAAUCGUUUUGAAUCGAAUCGUGACCCCAAGAAUCGAAAUCGAAUUGAAUCAGUGCCAGACCACCAGGACAUAGCGUUCGGAGCCUUGCAGCAAGGAGGAAACUGUCUGGACACCCUGGGUCACUUCGCUGACGGGGUGGUGGGCGUCUACGAAUGCCACAACGCUGGGGGAAACCAGGUAGCGUUAGUACGGCGGCACACACAGGAGUGGGCCCUGACCAAGGAUAAGUCAGUCAAACACAUGGACUUGUGUCUCACCGUGGUGGACAGAACGGCCGGCUCCCUCAUCAAACUACAAGGCUGUCGAGAGAACGACAGCAGACAGAAAUGGGAGCAGAUUGAGUCCAACUCGAAGCUUCGUCACGUGGGCAGUAACCUCUGUCUAGACAGCCGCAGUGCCAGGAUGGGCGGACUCACUGUGGAGGUCUGCAGCCCGAGCCUCAACCAACAGUGGAAGUUCACCCUCAAUUUACAAUCAUAGGGGGCGCUACAGACCCUGGGAAGAGCUGGAUAUUGGAUAGAGACACCAACAGACUCUGAGACACAGAUAAAGAGAUGGAAACAGACUCAAGGAGAAAGACUAACUUGAUGGAUAAAUGGAUCCCUCUCGCUCCUCCUCCUCAGAGGUGCAGCCAGUCACGUCUAUACACCUCUCCCCCACCCUCACCCCUCCCUAAACAACAAAGAGCCACACCCACUGGGGGAGGGGCUUGUAGAGUAAACAGGAAACUGACUGUAUUUGGUGGAUGGUGACAGUGAUGAUCAUGAUGAGGAUAAAAGCGAUGAAGAGGCUUUCCAUCCAAACUACAUACCUCAGUGUUUUUUCAUUGAUGGUUCCAGAGGCAAAUUGUGUUCUUUUACUUUCUUUAAUGCAAGUGAGGUAGAAGACUUUUUACUUUGUAAUUUUAUUAUUAAUAUUUUUUAUUUCUCACUGUUAACUCUCCACGGAGGCUUCGCAGAAUCUUCUUUUUCUCCGUUCUUAAAGGAAGGGGACGAUGGUGUUGUUGCUCUCUCUCUCUCUCUCUCUCUCUCUCUCUCUCUCUCUCUCUCUCUCUCUCUCUCUCUCUCUCUCUCUCUCCCCCCCUCUCUUUGUUUCACCACGUCAAGCUAGAGCCUGCGACGGCAGACGGAGGCUUCGGGUUGUGGUUUCGGUGUAGAGUGAUGUGAAGCGAGGAAAUGGACUCGAGUUCUUGAGCUUUCUCUCUCGUUUACUGUCAUUGGUUCACAGGAUCAACGGAGAAAGGAGAGGCAAAGUGGAGAGAAGAAUGCUGUGUGUUCUGCUAUGAUUUCUACAGAUUGUGUCAUGGGGAGGGAGUUAAGGGAGGAGCUUCUUUGCUUUUGGAUGGGGGCCUGACACCGGUUUGGUUUGGCCGGAAGUGCAGUUCCUGAAACCAGGAAGUGUCUUGAAGCCACCCCUCAGGAUUUACUGUUUGUCGUCGGGCUGUAGCACUGGCUGCCACAGCAUCUUCACGUCUACACCAUUAUGUCUCUAAAGAAACUACACAGAAAAAGAAAAUCUUAACAGUCUUUUUUUUGUUUACUUUUGUUAUGAAAUGGAACCAAAUUUCGAAUGGAUGUUUUUGUGUUUUUAAGGAAUACCAGAGGAUCGAUUAAAAGGGUUUUCUUUACAUACUCUCGCUGCUCUCUAACCGCUCCCUGUGGAGCCGCUCACUUUAUACUUCUUCUUUUCCUGCACACAUCAUUUUAUUUGUCUAACAUUGCCAUUGUAGGAAGGUUACUGUCACACCCGAGCUGGACUUCAUGUUGCAGCUCUUUUCGCUAGAGAUAAAAGGUGUUGGCUGUAAAAGUAUAACAGACAUUUAUUUAUAAUAUCACCACGACGAGAUACCUACACAUGACUGAGAUGUUUGUUUCUGUACUUUCAACACACACCUGCCUGCUAUACGGCAAAAGAAGGAAACUCUCGUAUACGCCUAGCAUUUCAGACUUGACACCCGAUGUCCCUCUUCUUGUUGACAAAGUAAAACCUUGCUUAUUCCAGUCUGAGAACAGUUUUUAUGCAAAAAAAGAAAAUCUGUUCCUGACUAGUCAAACUGUAUGAAAUGUGCAUGCACAUGUGUUCUUAAAAGCUCCUUGUAGCUGCAUGUAUCACCAACCAGCUCCCACAGAUGCACUCAGUCAGUAGUGGUUUCCAUCAACAUGUUGUUUUUCUUCAUUGUGCCUGUUAGAUGAGCCAUCUGUUCCAAAGUUUGGAACUGCAAUAAACAAGGUUUUACUGUUUGUCCCCACUCUGUUUCUGCUUGAGGUGAGCAGAUUUUUCUGAUUGCACAAGCACGUCUGCUCGGUUUUUGCUGAUUCAAAGUACUAAUGAGAACACUUCUCCUUUAUCUUGGCGAGCUACUUUAUUCUGUGGUCCAAGAUUUCAUUGCCAUUGUACAGCACUGUCCCACAUCUUCAUUUUUUUGUUACCUGAUAGUGUUACAGAUACCAUUUGCAGUACAUUUAUCUGUUUGCUAUUCCAUCACCUGAUGCCUGUUGUGCAUCUUUGCAACACUAGUCUCUCCUGGACUUUAACACCGGUUAAUUUUCACUGCUCUGAUACGGCACAACAGAAAUGGCUUAUAAAAACCCCCUAUUUCCUAGUUUAUUCCAGAAAGAAGCUGCAUCCUCAAGUGUUUUAGUGUCAAUCCAAUUCAAUAUUUCUCUCACAUUCACAUCUGUACUUGUAAAUGUUGAUUUUGUUUUACGGUGUUACCAAAACGGACAAAGACAGCUGGUCAUGUUUGCUGUGCUGUCCGAUUUCUUUUCCAUCCUCUGUUCCAUCACUUUGUUUGUUUCGCUGCCAUUUUGUUCCAUGUACCUGAUGAUUGCCUUGUCUUCUACGUUCACACGUCUGUAAGCGGAGUGAGUGAGUGAAGUGGAGAAGGUCAGCGGGGGCUGCAGCUGGUAGAAAAGCCUAUCACUUGACAGGUCGCCGCAUUGUGCUGCGAGGCACAGGACGCGCGGGUACGAGGUCAGACCCGAGGGCGAGCCGAUAUGUGAGGAAAGUUUUCUGUUGCCAUGGUGACCAGACACUCGAGGGCCCAAAUCCUAUUUGAGGUUUCAGUUGGAUUUCAUGUGAAGCAGGAGGUGAAUUUACCGCAGAGUACUGGACAUGUUUGGUGUUUCUUUUAACGCCAUUCUGUUUGGAAACUUUAGAAAAAAAACAUUCUCAGUUGUGUCUUAAUUUCUUAAGAAUGUUGCAAAUCAAUAAUUGUAAAACUGAAGAGCUGAUUGAAAUUUAAGUUGUAAACUAUCAUUUUUAAUUCAUUAUUUUGUGACAUCUCAUUCUUGUGUAUGAAGAGUCAGGUCCUGGUCUGGUAAUGGGGGUAGAUACACAAAUGUUGUAGCUAAUUUGGUAUCUUUUUGACAUCAAACUGUGGCAAUUCCUCAACUAUUAACAUUUGUCAUCAGAUUUUCUUGCCUAAAUGCUGUUCACAAUGAGAACCUCAAACCAGGAGGUCUUCACUGUUGCAGUAUCUGGCCCUUGUCCUUGUAAGUGAGGACAACAUGAUGAUGUUUAUUAGUGGUGUAUAGCGCCCUCUAUUGUGGGUAACGAGUACAGAAUCAGAACAAGAAAGAACUGCAGAUGCACCACCGGAGAGCUUCAGACGUUUUUCUUAAUCACAUUUUCUUUGUCUUUGCUUCUUUCGAUUGUGAAUAAAGUGUUGAUUCAGCCCUAUUAAAACAGGCCAGGCAGUACAAACUGAACAGGCAUGAGAACCAAACUGCACACCAGUGACCAUGCCAGUACUGUCUGCUACGUGGCUCAGAAAUGUUGUUUGAAGCCUUUUCUUUUUAAACCAGUCUUAUUCUUGUGAGGAUGAAAAGAAUGCUAUUUUAUUUGUUAUGUUAUACGCAGAGGAAAUGACUGUAAUAAUUAAGUAGUCCAGCACCUCAUUUUGAUUGGAUGAUUAAAUGUUUACAUCUUUA